AGUAAACCAGAAAUCUGUGCCACAAACACUUCGACAUUCAUGAAAAAUGGCCGUUCUAAAUCAACACAGCUGGGAGAAGAAUGAUCUGUCAGGACAGAAUCUGAAGAGCCUGCCUCAGGAUUUUGUAACACAUGUUAGUUUGUGUACAAGUUUGGAUUUACAGAGGAAUAAACUGAAACAUGUCAUAGGCAUUUCUAACUUCAUCAACCUGACAGAGCUUAAUCUCUCCAGGAACAAGAUAAUUAAGUUUCCUCUGGAAAUGCACAACAUGCACAAAUUAGAGACACUCUAUAUGAACCAGAACAAAAUUAGAUCGAUUCCAGAAGGGAUCUUUCCUCAUCUUAGAAAUUUAAAAUUUCUAAAACUCGGCACCAAUCGCUUGGCCAAGCUUCCCUCUGAUAUAAACCAGUGCCUCAGCAUUAUUUACCUGAACCUUUCUAAGAACCACCUGCAAGACAUUCAGCCACUAGUUGGUCUGCCAAAACUGGAGGAGCUUUGGGUUGAAAGGAACCAGCUCAGUGACCUUCCUGCUCAGCUUUUCAGGAAAGAUAGCUGUGAACUGACAGUGUUUCAAGCCGCAGGGAACCCACUCAAGUGCCCACCAGAGGAGGUCUGUGCUGGAGGGGUCAUGGACAUUCAGAGCUACUUCCUUCAAAUGGAGGAAAACCCAAAUACACACACUGCCUGGACAGUUAAGGUCAUGUUCCUGGGAUCUUCUAUGGCAGGAAAGUCCACACUAUGCCGCAGCCUGAGGGAAGGGAAGCCAGUGGCAGUGGCAGUUAAAGACCGGACUGAGGGAAUUGAUAUUAGUCAAAUGUACACCAAGGGGGUUCGUUUCCUCUUCUGGGACUUUGCCGGACAGGAGGAGUACUACCUGACACACCAUGUAUUCAUCACACCACGAGCCCUUGUCAUCCUGACCAUUGAUUUAGCAAGUUACAGCAUUGAGGACCCACAUUCGUUCAAAGACCAACUGUGGUUCUGGAUAAACAACAUACAGCUGCGUGUGCCAGAUGCAUUGGUCAUGCUCGUGGGAACACACUGUGAUCAAUGCAGAGACCUGGAUGAAGUGAUGGCGAAGAAGACAUACAUCGAGGAAAAAGUCAAAAGCAUGCUGGAAUAUAGGAGGAUGGUUUUAAAACAGCAAAAGAAAAACCUGGAAGAUAACAAAGAUUCUUCUCUCUAUAUGGACCAGAUGGAUGAACUGGAUUGCCUUUUGGAUUACAGUUUGAAAGUUCUGGAUCUUGUACCUCUUGACUGCACAAGGAAUGAAGAUAUUGCCAAACUCAGAAGUCAUGUUUUGGACUGCAUUCAAUCAGAGAAUGCAAGUCUGGGUUUUGAGAGUAUCUUACCAAGAAGCUAUGAGGAAGUGGAGCAAGCCAUUCCAAAACUCAUUGCACAAGAAGAAAUUCCUAAACACGGCAUUAUUCUAUUUGAAGAAAUUGUUGAUUUAAUUUCAAACCACGUUACACAAAGCCGAGAGCAUCUCAACUCCAUCUUGUCUGUCCUCUUGCGGUAUCUGCAUCGGAUUGGGACGAUAAUUUGGUAUGAAGACAUCAGUGCACUAAGCGACAGAGUGUUCAUCCAGCCUUCAUUUCUUAUCUCAAUGUUUAAGAGCACUGUGAGAAAUGACCUGGUGCAGCAGCUGGAAGGAAUCUCUAGAGACCUUCUCAUGCAGGAAGGCGCUCUGGUAAAACAGAAGUUUACCUGGCUGGAUGACUUGAGGUGCAGAGGCAUGCUGCACAAUGCAGCGAUGCGCAUCUUAGUGCGCAGAGAGGUGGAGAAAUUGGUUGAUGACGAUGAUGAUGAUGACUUAAUCAGAGAGAUAGUGGGAACUAAGCGGGAGGAAGGCAUAAUACUCACCCUCCUGCAGUACUUUGAGGUAUGCCUCCCCACACUUGUCAGAAAUCCCAUGAAUCCUGAAGCAGCAGAGUUCAUUCCUGGUAAAAAGAAGUGGGAGACAGCCAGAGAGGCCAAGAGAGAUCCAGAUGGAGCAUGUCUCUUCCCCAUGUACCUGAAGAACAACCUUAUAGUGGACCAUAAAUGGGGUGAGGACAGGCAAGAUGACAUCACCGUUCAUGUGUACUUCCUUCCUGAGAUUCCUCAUGGCUUCUUCCACAGAAUUAUCAUAAAGACAUGCUCACUGUACCCAACUCACUGGGUGGGGAAAGAGCAGUGCCUCCUCUGCUGUGGAAACAGACUGGCCCUGGUGAGACAGAGGAAUAAAGACGGAGAUUCGUUCAUAGAGAUACGCUGCAGGAGACCUGAGAAAAAUGAAGAGUUUCAGCAGGUGUGGGAUCUGAUAUUGGCGGUGAUGUCCAAGCUGUUUGUGCUGUCGAGGCAGUGGCCAGGACUGACCCAUCAGGUUCACACCCCCUGUCCAGAGAGAGGCUGUCCACAUUACUAUACCUGGAAGGACUGGCAAGAUCUCCACAACACUGACUUCUACAGCUUUGUGAAAGAGGAGAAAAUAGUUUGCCAGGGUGGCCAUACACGAAGGACAGAACUGAUUUUUCCAAAAGACAAAUAGAAGACAGUAAGAAAAAAAUGGAAAACAAACGUGUUUUUUAUUAUAUCUUCACUUCAUCCUAUUUAUCUUUUUUUUUUUUUUUACUUGUUCUUGCUAUUAUAUUAGUGGAUGGUUGAACAUGGUUGUUUUGUUUUGACUUGUCGUUCAAUCAAGUGAUUGAAACCUAAACCUUGAACUUGCUAUUUAGCAGUAAAGAGUUUGACAACCUCAAAAUUGAGAAAUACAGACUCACAGUGACGACAUACUUUUAACAUCUGCAAUGUUUCUCUUCAUCUCACUGUGAAGUGGAUUGACCUAAAUACAAAUGAAUGGAGUGUAGAGAAGGACUUGGUACAAAUUAAACUGGAUCAAGGGAUGAACAGAUCAGGCAGCCCAAACAAACUCCUUGUCAUGUCCGAUUGGGAAAUGGAUAUCACAUUCAAGACCUUCACAUAAAACACUCCGUUAGGGGAUUGUUAAGGUCACAUUAAUUGUCUUUGGGAAAAGAAAUAUAAUAAUGUAUAAUAUACUAUACUACAUUACACAUGUCUUAAUACUUUUCAGUAAGACAGUAGAUUUAAGCUAUACUGCAUUUGCAAGAUUAAGUUAAAAGGUUGAAUAGAUAUUUUAUUAUGUACAUGUAAAGACAUUAUUUGAGCAACUUAACUAAAGUUGACAUUUUACUUUGUAGUAUUGAUAUUUUUGUACAAAUAUUGAUUGAAUAAUAAAAAUGUUGGUGUAAAAUUCAAUAGAGGAACAAAUUACUUUAUUCUUUGUUUUUGUUUUUUUCUUUUGUUCUUUUUUCUGCUAAAAUAUAUCUGAAGACAAUUUAAAUGUUUCUUUGUAGAAUACUGACCUCUGCUGGGCAUUGUGACACACAACACAUCACUGAAUAAGUGCUUUGUUUGAAUUCCACUGAAUAAAGAAAUAUUGCAGCUUU